CGCCGGUCGCCGGUGGUGGCCAGGGGCCGGUCUCCAGCGGCCAGUGGGCGGUGGGCAGUCGCCGCCCGCACCGCCACAGGCUUCCUCCCGCCGCGCCUCCCCGCUGCUCCCACACCUUGUAGUCGCCGCGCUGUACCCCCGCGCUCCUGUCCCCUCCCGCGUCGUGCUUGCCUUUGUUCCAGAAUUGCGCUCCAGCUUGCUCCAGCUUGCCGCAGCUGCCUCUGGGCCUGGCUGCGGGGCGCGCCGCCUCCGCCCCCCGCCGCCCCUCCGCGUCCAGCCGCCCCUCCUGUGCACAUCUGGACUUUGUGGUGGGCUCCAGCUGCCAUCGGGGCCCCUGCUGUGCCCUGGGCGGACCAUCUGGGGCCUGGCCGCCGCCAGGGCGCCCCUGUCAACUGCCAGGCCUGCACCAGAGUGCUCAAGAGACCAGCACUGCAGCUCAGAGACCACCACCUUGCAGGGGCCCCUCCCCACCCCCACAACAGGCUGCUGCCUUCAGCCCUCUGGACUGCCCCAGGAGCUCUGUGAGCUGGCCACAGCCCCUGGACGGUGACUCCAGCAGCUGGCCCCCUGCCUGGGGGGGCCCACUCAGCCUUUCUCCUCCAGCUGGACCGCACUCUCUCUACUCAGAGGGAAACAUCUGCUCCUGCCACAUGGCUGCCAGGUCCCAGGGGUGCCUGGCAGCCAAAUCCGGUCACUCCCUUUCACCUGUGGACCUCUUAUUUUGUCCACAAUCCAGUUCUCUCCUGAAUAUGGAGUAUUUUCUUAUGUGUUGUGCUUUUGGGUCAGCAGAAUGUGCUAUAAUCUCCCCAAGUGAACACUUCCUGGACGACAGUAUUUUCGUUAUUUUCAAUAAAUGUCAUAUGCUAUUAAAAAAGAAACUGAUUUUCCAUAA